AAAAAAUGGCUCGUGGGGCCAAGGCCCGCGAGUAUGACUACUCCGCAGUGGGAACUCAAGGAAGACGGACCGGUAUUACCUUGAAAGAAGGCAAGCGCGAUGAGCAUGGCAUGGAAGAAGUGGAUGGGCUUUUUUCGUCUCCUGAGAAAUCGCCCGCAAAGGUGAAUGGCUUUGAUGAGAGGGAAUCCGAAGACUCGAUGGGUUCUGAUGGGAUGUCCAUGGAUGAAGGCAACGCGCCUGGUCCCAUGGACUUCCUCAAUGCCGCUAACGCUUCGCGUCCUGCCUUAUUGCCCCCGACCGGUCGUUCGCCUGCAAAGGGCGUUUCUUCCUCUAUCCGCAGAUCGCCUCUUUUGCGCUCGACGCCAGAUCAAGAAGAGGACUCAUUAUCGCCUAGCCCCUCACAUGGUAAAGGCUUGACAAAGACCCACGGUUCGCGGCAGGAACCCUCUCCAUUGACUACUCGAUCAGUGAACGCGGGUGUCUCCAAGCAGAGAAAUAAUGCCCAGAAGGCCACAAAGGCGCAAUUAGCAGCGCCUGAGUCCCCUAUCGUGCAUGAUUUUUCGGAUGGCGAGGUUGAUGAAAAUGCCAACUCAUUUCUCCCCGAGGAUAAUGACUUCGGAGACAGCUUCGAUGCUGGAGAUGAGACUGUGAUUCGCGAUGACGACGUUCCCGAGAAUCCAGCGCAAGACCAGAGUGAGGCCGAUAACGACUCGCCUCAACCAGCAGAAGCUUUGCGCUCGGUGCCGAAGACAUCUACAACGACCUCAAAACAAAUAAAGAAAGCUCCCACAGUCAAGGCUUCCAAGCCGGAGAAGAGUGAAACUAAAAGUGGACGGCGAGGCCGACCUCCGAAAAAAUCACGUCCCCUUGACGAGGAAUCAGCCGAUGCCAGGCCACCCAAGAGGCAAAAGAUACCAAGCAGUCAGCCCCAAGCGAACCGUGAACCCCUGGACCCCGAACUGAACAAAGUCGUUGAGAAUUAUACCCGUUCAGGUCCUUUGAAGGGCCGCAGCUUGUACAUUCUCAAAAGAGAGAACCCCGCAGACGAAAGCUCCACACAUACUCGCUCAGGGCGCGCAUCCAUCCGACCUUUGGCGUACUGGCGCAACGAAAGAUGCGUCUACGGGGAUGGGGAGGCUGAAGAUGGCCAACGCUUCCCGUUGUCAACCAUCAAGGAAAUUGUUCGCGCUGAAGAACUUGAGCCGGAGCGAACGAAAAAAGGCAAACGAACCGGUCGAAAGUCGAAAUCCAAGAAGCAAGCAGAGGAGCCUUCCGAUGACGAUGACGAACAUCUAGAUGUCUGGGAGAAGGAAAGUGGUGUUCUUCAUGGUUUUAUCCCUAGGUGGGAUCCUAAGUCUCAAACCAGCACUAAGGAGGAGGAUGUCAUCGAUAUUGCGUAUGCUCCUUCUGGUAUUGAGACAAGAGAGGUCAAAGAUUCCACAUUCCGAUUUGCAAAGCUGCUUAGCUCUUCUUUCAUCGGAUCCGGGGUCGUAGAACUCCCACCGGAAGGUGUGAAGAGACCCAAGAACUCAAAGAAAAUGCACAUGGUUUUUUAUGUCUGUCAUGGACGAGUGCAAGUCGAUAUCUCUGGAGUGCAGUUUAGCGCUGGCAAAGGAUGCGUGUUUCAAGUUCCACGCGGCAACUACUAUAGCUUCCAGAACGCCCAUAGCAAAGAAGCUCGGCUUUUCUUCACCCAAGGCUGUGUCCCGGGUGAGGACGAAAUAGCCUUAUCUAAAUCCAGAAAUGCUGUUCAGGAAAGUGAAUUUGAGGCUGAGGCUGAAGGGGAGGGUGAAGGUGAAGCAGAAACCGAACAUGAUCCUACACCGGUAACUAAAAAGGCCCGCGGUCGUCCCAAGGGCAAGCAGAAGGCGAAGUAA